GAAGCGCAUGCGCCACGUGCCGCCACGCCUGGUCUCAGGGACGCCGCUCCGAACCGGUUUCGCUUAGCGGAGCCGACAGGUCCAGGCUCCGCAGCUGCGGUGCUGCCUGUUCUCGCCUCCUGGGCUGCUGCGGGCUCAGGUGUGCAGCAACUCUGGUCAGUACCAUGAUCCGGCAGGAGCGCUCCACAUCCUACCAGGAGCUGAGUGAGGAGUUGGACCAGGUGAUUGAGAACUCAGAGCACGCAGACGAGUUGGACAAGGAGACGAUCGAAGUUCAAGGUCCGGGUUUCUUACCAGGCCUGGACAGCGAGUCCGCCUCCAGCAGCAUCCGCUUCAGCAAGGCCUGCCUGAAGAAUGUCUUCUCGGUCCUGCUCAUCUUCAUCUACCUUCUACUCAUGGCCGUGGCUGUCUUCCUAGUCUACCAGACCAUCACGGACUUCCGUGAGAAACUCAAGCACCCUGUCAUGUCUGUGUCUUACAAAGAGGUGGAUCGCUAUGAUGCCCCAGGUAUUGCCCUCUAUCCUGGUCAGGCCCAGUUGCUCAGCUGUAAGCACCAUUACGAGGUCAUUCCCCCUCUGACCAGCCCAGGCCAGCCAGGUGACAUGAAUUGCACCACCCAGAGGAUCAACUACACGGACCCGUUCUCCAAUCAGACCAUGAAAUCUGCCUUGAUUGUCCAGGGGCCACGGGAUGUGAAGAAGCGGGAGCUGGUCUUCCUCCAGUUCCGCUUGAACAAAAGUAGUGAGGACUUCAGCGCCAUCGAUUACCUCCUCUUCUCUUCUUUCCAUGAAUUCCUGCAAAGCCCAGACAGAGUAGGCUUCAUGCAGGCCUGUGAGAGUGCCUAUUCCAGCUGGAAGUUCUCUGGGGGCUUCCGCACCUGGGUCAAGAUGUCACUGGUGAAGACCAAGGAAGAAGAUGGACGAGAAGCAGUGGAGUUCCGGCAGGAGACGAGUGUGGUUAACUACAUUGAUCAGAGGCCAGCUGCUGAAAAAAGUGCUCAGUUGUUUUUUGUGGUCUUUGAAUGGAAAGAUCCUUUCAUCCAGAAAGUCCAAGAUAUAAUCACUGCCAAUCCCUGGAAUACAAUUGCUCUACUCUGUGGUGCCUUCUUGGCAUUAUUUAAAGCGGCAGAGUUUGCCAAACUGAGUGUGAAAUGGAUGAUCAAAAUUAGAAAGCGAUACCUUAAAAGGAGAGGUCAGGCAACAAAUCACGUAAGCUGAAGUCGCCUUGCACUGUUCAUGGAACUGCACACAUUGAUGGAAGUUCUCAUUACUUCCAUGUUGAUAAACUGAGCUACCAUCAAUCCUGUACUCACUUGAAGAAAUGGGGCCUUGCUGGGAGGAACAGCAGCUUCUAACCUGGCCCCAAAGGAGACUGUUUAGAGCCUGAUCCGGAAGAUCCAAGGGGUAACCUAAAAGUUAUUUAAGUAUUUAAGUUAUUAAUGAUCAUUCUUAAGAGCUGUCUAAGGAGUCCUGAGUAGGGUUUAUGGAAGAUGCCUUUCUUCCCAUUUGGUUCAUUGGAUAGUGAAGCACUACCAGGAUAAUUCAAGGUUCUACUUUUUACCUUAGAUUUUCCCCUGAGGUUUUGAAAGUGGACAGAAAAGUGUGAUUUUCUUUUUCCAAAAAUCCUUACUAUCAAAAUAUGUGAGUCAUGCUUUGGAACCUACACACUGUACACAAAGAAAGGUAAAACUCUCACGACUUUGGCAUACUUGCCAUUGACAUUACCUAACCCCUGACAAGCUCUCUCAUUUGCUAAAUAUUAAAUGAGACUUUAAAGCUACUAGAAACUAGUAAUUACAUUUCUUAUGUCCUGACUAGCUACUUAACUUGUCUGCCUAGAAUAUUUGUUAAUACGAGUUUAGAGUCAUUAGCACUGAGAAGCACUUGGACAGAUGUACAUAGUAGAUGCCCAGUGUAUUUUGAUGUUUUCAUUAGUAGGUAAAUAACAGAUUGAUAGAAAAGGAA